AUGUUAUUUGUUCUUUUGUUUGUGUGUCUUUCGUUUGCUCAACUUCAAUCUGAACAACUCUCGAAGUUGGACAAACUUGAGCAGAAAUUAAUAAAACAAGUCAAAGAUGGUGUUGAAAUGGGCAAAGUUUUAGCCGAACUUAGACAAUUUAGAAACCAACAAAAAAUUACUAAAUCACAACUUAAAGAAACAAAACUGAAACUUGACACCGCCGCGAUGGAAACGUCAAAGAAGAUUUCGAAAAAGAUUCAAAAAGAGAGAGAUGAGUUGAGAAGAUUGCGAAUCCAGAGUGCUUUAACAGAACUUAAAAAGGAUAUGAUGUGUGUGAAACAGAUCGACUACGAAAACAGUCUAGAGUCGGACAAAGACGCUCUAAACCUUGCUCUGAGAACAUCUCCCAAAAACAAAAUUUUCUUAGAAAAGUCGAUGAAGAAAGCUUGGGAAAUCAAAAGACAAAAACUUGGACUUCCAAAGAAUAACAAAAAAUAA